CUCAAUACAACUAUGGCCAUAACAGUGGCAUUGCACACAUGUUGGCCAGGCUCUCCUGCGUACAUCCGUCCGUAAGCUUGCCCGUGCCGAGCAGUUGAGUUGAGGCAUUAUCGCUCUGCCUACCUGUCUGGCGGAGAACUAGGCCGGUGUUGGCGCAUGGAAUGGGUGUCGUAACCGAGUUUCUGGCUGUCGCGAAGCGCUCAAUGGCCGUAUUCCUGCAAAGUUUCUAUCUUAUCACGGCAUAAACAGAUAAAGAAUGCCAGAACUGGACAAGUAGAGCUUCUGAGGGUCACACGACAUUGUAAACUUGCCGUCGUCGGCUGCACGGGGCGAGCGCAAGAAUGAUUCCUGGCUUUGAUUGUCAUUCAAAUUCCAUUGCCAUAGUACUGGAGAGGAAGCAUUAUCAUCCAGGCGACGUUAUCCGAGGAGCCGUCCUUAUCAAUGUUGUCGACACAAGUCUUGGCCACCCGCCAAGUGUGGACGUUGCGGUCACCGGCACAGAGCGGACGGCCUGGGUGCGGGAUAAGGCGGCGGCACUCACUGGAAUAAAGAUGGGUUAUGGCGGGACGAACGUUUUCUUCAAGCUUCGUAAGGUCCUGCACACGUGGCCGCCCGGUCCCACGGCGGCGGCGGCACAGGAACCAGCAGCAACGACACAGCGCCCUGCAGCGACAAGCAGCGGUGCGGCGGCCGCCGGUCCCGCGACCGAAACCAAUAGCCACCUCAAUAAUGGAGACGCUGCUUCGCCUCAGCUCCAGCCGCAGCAGCUGCAGCUCCCCUUCCGGUUCGUGUUGCCGCUGUCGGGCACGCCACCCACAGCAGAGGUGGACAUUGCGGAGGCCAACACAUGGACCGCCUCGCCCUUCUACCGACUCAAGGCUGCUGUGUGGUACGAGGUGCGUGCGCGCUGCGGGCCGCAGCAGCUGGAGGCGGCGGUGCAGCUGCAGGUGCUGCCGCUGCAGGCGCCGCCGCCGGGGCAGCCACUGGUGCUCAAGGGCCGCGCUGACAUGUGGCAGGACACGUGUGCCGGCUGGUGCUGCGGCCUGUGCGCGGGGCGCAGUGAGGUGGAGGCGGGCGGCGUGGAGGCGUGCGUGCGGGUGGCGGGCGGUGUGCUGUGCGCAGGCACCACCGCGGAAGUGAACCUGGAGAUUAAGAACCACAGCACGCGCGUGGGCUUCCCAGCUGGCAGCGGCGUGCUGUGCCUGCGGCGCAAGCUGGUGCUCCGUGAGGAGCCCACGGAGCGCAGCCGCGGCUCGUGGGACGAAUGGGAGGCCGUGCGCGUGCCAAUACCCUUUGCCCUGCCCCCCGGUGCCUCCUACACGGGUGACAGCGCCAUCACACUCCACCUGGCGGUGCCGUCCCACGCCGACCAGAGCACCUCCCUCACAGCCUACCCAGUCACCAGCGCCGGCGCCACCGCCGCCGCCGGCACCUCCCUCGCCUCCACCCUCUCCCGCAUCGCCUCCGUCCGGCCCGGCGCCCUGGCCACGGCGCCCUCAUACCCGCCCAGGCCAUCUGCCACCAGCACCAGCGGGCAAGACGGCUCCGCACCGCAGCCCACCUCCUCGGCGCCGAAACAGCCACACCCGGCGGUGGCCCCGGUGCAAUGCGCCGGCAGUGGUGGCGGCGCUCUCGGCUUCAGCGCGCUCAAUGCACACUCGCACCAGACCGCCUCCCACCCCCAUCCCAACACCACCACUAACGUCUCCACCACCACCACCACCACCACCACCACCACCACCACCACCACCACCACCACCACCACCACCACCACCACCACCACUACCACCACCUCCUCGGCCGUAUCAAAACCGGCCGCAGGCCCGAGCAUGCGCGUGGGCGCCGCAAGCGCUCCGCUCCGCACCUCUCCCUCUACCUCGGGCUCGGCUGCCGUGGGCGCCUCGGGUGGAGCCAAGCCGCAGCCGCUGGUGCACGUCAGCUACAGCCUGCGGCUGCGGUACGAGCGCAAGGGGCUGCUGGGUUCAGCGCUGGCGGAGAUGGACGCGGCGUGCCCCGUGUUUGCACGGGCGAUGGGGGAGGCGAUGUCGCCCACACACAGGUCGGGGGUGCAGGGCGGGGCGCGCGGCGGCGGGCACAGGGCCGGCGGCAGUGGCGGCGGCAGCGGUGGCGGCGCAGGGAGCGGCGGCGGCGCGGGCACCGGAAGCGGCAACGGCACGAGCAAUGGCGGCGCGGCGGCGGCGGGUGCUGCAGGCGGUGGCGGCGGCGGCGGCGGGCGGGCUGCUGACAGCCAGUACGGCAUGGAUCUGCCGCCGCUGCCGGACUGGUGGCGCCCCACGGUGCUGGAGCGGGUGGUAGACUUGGACUCGGCCCUCAACGUGGAGCCGACCUUACUGGGGCCGCAUGCGGGGGCGGGUGCGGCGCUGAGCAGCCGGACCUCGGGGAGUCAGGCGCCGGCCCUGAGCGCCCUGGCGCAGGGGCUGAGCGGCUAUGGGGAAGGCAAGGGCUGCGGCAGCGGCCACCCGGCGAGCAGCGGAGGCGCGCCUGCAGGGGCUGGCGCUGUCAAUGGGGCCGCUUGCGCCGCUGACGCCGCUAUCAGUGGUGCCGGGACAGGCGGUAAUGCAGCCGGAGAUGGAGCCGGAGCCGGCGGUGGUGGUGGUGGCGGUGGUGGUGGUGAUGGUGGUGGUGGUGGUGGUGGCAGUAGCUCGCCUCGUGCACAGGCGCCCGAGGCAGCGGACCCAUUGGCAGCAAGGGCGGCGGGUGCGGCCGCGCCCGCGGGCGGGGCCGGGGCGGCGGCUGGUGCAGCUAGCGGCGGUGGGGAGAAGCCAUCAAUAGCGAUUGAGAUUGAGCCGGGAGAUGCAGCCGCGCGUUGCUAGCACCGAUUUGAUGGCAGGCGGUCGUGAGUCGUGACGCCGACUGGGGCGACUGCACGAUAGGCUCCUGCGGGCGGCCGCCGUGUGUGUGCGAGAAAGACACGACAAGGGACGUGAACACUGUGCACUGCGACAGCGCAAGCAAACCGUGGGGGGGUGUCAGGAAAGCACAAACGUACAUGUGUGUUUAUGCGGUGUGGCAAUCUGGCCAAUAGCAGGAGCGCGGGGCUGUGAGAAGCCUGCGCUGGCCUUGGCAAAAGCUUUACCCGCCCGCUCGUGAGUCGUGAGCAUUCGCUGCGAUGCUGCAUGGAUUCAUUAUGAGCCCCCAGAUGGUGUGACUGAGUCUCCGGCGCAUGAAACUAUACUCGUUGUGUGCCCUGACCGGGUGCUGCUCAGUAUUCAAGCUAGCUGUGUUGGUGCCUGGUGCCGUGCGUGCUUGUUAUCAUUGAAGACUGCUUGUCGCUCGUGUGCUGCUACUGCUGCUUCCUGGGCAUGGGAGAGGACACAAUGCGAAUACGGUCCUGCCAGCAGCGCACCGCCUG